AGCGCCUGAGGGAGGAGGCGGUGGUUACGAUCAGAGGGUUAACGAUGGCCGCUUCCUCGGUGCGGUGGCUGAAGAGACUGUGCCUUGUUGUUUUGAUAUGUCCCCUCUUUGUCUCAGCCUUUUUGAACUUAGAGGAGCUAAAUGAAAUGAAAUACGGGAUUCAAAUUCUUUCCGACCCCGUCAUUUUGGGGCAGACCAAGACAGAGGAGGUCAUGAUGGUGUCCAAUAAAUACAAGCAGCUCUAUGAAUGUCGACUUCCAGCCCAGGCUGUCCGGUUUCAUCAGGAUCCAGCUUCUGAACCCGACUCUCAGGGCUACGCUGGACCAGACAUCCCGGAGCUGCUGAGGCCAAUGCACAAAGUCCCUUGUCUUGUGAAGACAAAGGACUGGUGGACAUACGAAUUUUGUUACGGUCAUCAUAUUAGACAGUAUCACCUUGAAGACUCAGAAAUCAAAGGGGAUGUUCUCUUUCUGGGAUACUAUGAGUCUGAAUUUGAUUGGAACAAUGAAACAGCAAAGGCCUCUAAACAGCACAAACUGAAACGAUACCACAGCCAGACCUAUGUAAAUGGGUCCAAGUGUGACCUAAAUGGAAAUCCUAGAGAGACUGAAGUCCGGUUUGUAUGUGAAGAAGGCUCGAGUGACUACAUCGCCCGUGUGGACGAGCCACAGUCGUGCCGCUACGUGUUGACAGUUCACACCAGUCGGACCUGCCAGCAUCCGUUUCUGCAGCCACCGUCCUCCUCCAAGCCACAGGGCAUCGUGUGCCAGCCGGCUCUGAGUGCACAACAGUACAUGGAUUAUGUGAAGGCUCAAGUCUCGGACACAAAGCGUAAAGUGGAGCAGAUCUCCGAGGAGCUGAAGAAUCUUGAUGAGAUGCUGGCUGGUAAUGAAGGUGCAGAUGGGACAGUGGAGGUAACGGCAGAGGAGACCACUCCUCCGCCAAACAGCUACCAAGAUGUGUCAAAUGGUAAAACGCCAACUUCAACAGGAAAUUCUGGCGCGUCUGAAGACACACCAUCAGAAGAGACGGAUGAUGCUGAGUUUUGGGAAGGAGUAACAAAACCUGGGAAAUUAAAAUCCACAGCUUCUCAUCAAGACAAUGAGGUGGCGAAUGGUGACUAUAACUCAGUGGCAGACAAUGAAGCAGAAGAAGCAGAACGAUUCAACUUUAAAAUCAUCACAGACCCAGCAGAUCUGAUGAAAUUUGUUCAACACCUUAAGGAGAGCAACAGGAAGAAAGCAGAAAACCAGGCUGAAAGUAGAGAAGAGAAAUCAACAGGCGACAGGCAUCCAGGGAAACUCAGCGGGGAGGCGAGAGAUGAAGACGAGAACUUGCUGGAGGAGUUCGAGGAUGAGAUGGCUGACCUCUCUGUGCCUUCUGAGAAGAUCGAAGAGAUAAAAGAAGAAAUGCAGAAGGAGUUUGACAACAUCAUAGAUGAGGCCCAGCAGGAGCUGGAAACAGAGGGCCUUAAAGGAGAGUUUGAUCGUACUCAGGCAACACAGGCUCUGGAGACGACUUUGGAUAAGUUGCUGGAUCAUCUGGAGGAGAAGGAUGUUGAAGACGCCCAGCAGCAGAAGGUCCAACGGACCAGUGACCCGAGCAGAGGCAGCCCCAGCCUGGCUCCUCAGCAGCCAGACCAAGCAGCUGACGACCACGUUAAGAUCAAAAUUACUAAGUAUAAGACGGGCAGCAGCCCUGAUGGUGAGGUCAAAGUUCAGGAGAUGGGCGAAGGAGACCCCCAGUGGCAGCACAUAAAGGACGUGGUUAAAGAGCAGCUAGAGAAGGCAGGACUAAAGGCUGAAGGUAAAAUUGAGGUGAAGAUUUUGACGCGAAAGAAUGCAGAGGAUACAGGCGAUCAGUGGCUGACUGAAGAAGACACCAAGUCCUUCAGGGAGCUGCUCAUAAACCUCUUGACUGGAGGCACAGAGGAGGUUUAUAAAGAGCAAAAGAGACAGCAGGAGCUUGAAAACAACUACAGGUUUGUAUGGGGAGAAAGUCAAGAGGAAACCCAGUCAUCGAGCACGUCGGACUCGGACGAUGUGGACAUUUGAGCUCACGGUGUACAUUCACUGCCCCUGCUGCGAUGAACUCCUGUGGAGACCAGCAGGUGGAGGGACUAUAAUUGUUACCACAGUUUGUUUGAAAAGCUUGACCAAUUAUUGCUGUUGAAUCUGAUAAAUGGUAUGUAACUCUGCUGUUUGCACAUUUAGAAAAUAAUUUAAUGUGAACUGAAAAGGCAAUAAUGUUGGUGUCUGCAAUAGACAACAUUCAGAUGCUGCACAAAGUUUGUGUGAGCUGCACUUGUGCAGUUGAAUGAAGUUAUGCAUUUUCCCGUUUUUGAUGGGAUUCAGUUUAUAGAAGGCCGACGGAACCUGAUGACAUGAGGCGAAUAUGUUUCUAGAAACAUUUUCUAGCUUCACUGAACAUUUACAUCGACUUCUGAAGCUGCAACCAGUUCUGCGCUGUCUCCAAUGCUGCCAUUCACUUCACAGUUCUUAUUUGCUAAUUUAUCAGACGUGUGAAAUUCUGUACCUUGGACUGCAUAUUUGUCAUACUGAAAAGUAUACGACAACAACAACAAGCAACGUUAAAUCCUGACAAAUUUAACAACAAAAGUCACAAUUAUUCACAGCUGUAUCUUUUAUUUGUUUUAUUGAGUUUUAUGUGGCAUAUCAACACAGUGCAAAGUCCAAAGUGAAAGGAAAUACACAUUGUAUUCAGAGGUGUUUUAGUAAUUAAAAUAUAAAAAAUGUGGCUUGCAUUUGUAUUUAGUUUCCUGAGUUAAUAUAAUAUUGAUCCACAGUUUGCUUUAAUUUUCUAUUCAAGUCACUCCAUCAGCUUGAAACAUGAAAAUAGCUUGAAAUCAGAGGGAAUGGAGCGGCUCUGUUAGUCUUGCUACAGUGUGUCAAUCAUAUUUAAGUCUGCACUUUGGCCUGUUGUAAAUCUUUAAUAAGUUAGAGCUAGGUCAUUUUAUGGUGGCUCUGGCUGAAGGUUUAGGGUUGUUGCUUUACUGGAGGCUGAACCUCUGCCCCAGCCUCAAUGCUUAUGCUUCCUGCAACCAGUUUUUUUUUAGUUUUAGGAUUUUCCUGUUAGUAUAUUUAGCUCCACAACACUUCACAUUAACUCUGCUCUGUCCCUGCAGAACAAAAGCAUUUCCACAGAAUGACGUUUACGUCACAUUAAUGUUGUGCUCGUUGUGAUGUGGGGUGUCAGUUUUCCAUCACAUAUUGUCUAAAAAAUUAAGUUGUAGUCUCAACUCAGCAGACCACCUUCUCUCACAUGUUCACUGGCCUUUGGCGUACGUUAAACAGAGCUUCAUGAUUCUUUUUUUUUAAUGCUUUUCUUCUUGCCAUUUCCAUAAAGGGAAGUCUUGUGGAAAUGAUGACUUGUGGUUGUCUUGUCAAUACAUUCUCCCACCUGAGCUGUGGAUGGCUGCAGCUCCUCCAGAAUUACCAGAUUAAUGCUGUGUUUGCCGGGCCUUUCUUGGCUGUAGUUGUGCAGCACCUCUUCCAUUUUCGGACGACUUCAAUGGUGCUCUGCAAUGGGUAUUUUGUAACUUAUCUCUGCUUUAAAUUUCUCCACAACUUUAUCUUUGACACGUCGUCUGUCCUCUUUUUCUCUUCAUGAUGUUUGUUCUCAACAAACGUCUGAGGCCUUAAGAGAACAGCUGUAUUUGUAGUGAGAUUAAAUUACACUCAAAACUGUUUACUAAUUAGUUGCUUGUGUUUUUAUUUAGGGAUUUUAAAGUAAAAGAGGUAAAGCACUUUUCAGAUUUGUAUUUGUAAUAUAUAAUUUGUAAUCCAUUCACAUUUGUCUAUUCCUGAAAGGUUUACAACUUGGUGUUGAUUGGUCACUUAAAAUCCCAAUAAAAAACCUUCAUGUUUGUGGCUGUAAUGUGACGAAACAUGAAGCCGUUUAACAGAUAUGAAUACUUUUGAGCAGCUCUGUAUAUGUGCACAAACUCUUGCCCCAAAUAUGUCUGAUUUUUCUGCCAAACACAAAUUAAAGGAACUCUAAAUGGUUCAAUGAACCAUUGUCGUGCAACAAGGUUUUCAAAGCAUGUGUGUUUCUAUUUGUUUGUGACAAAGAUAGUUAAUUUAUAUUAAUUUAGCAAGAAAAACAUGCCACCAUUUUCUGCGAGGUUUAUCUUGUGAAAUGAAUGAAUUCAGAUGUGGAUUUAAAGGGCUGAAUUUGUAUAGUUUGUGAAUAAUUCUGCUUCUUGGAGCUCUGUUUGUACAUAAUUGUUGUCAAUUAUACAUUAAAUUGUUUCUGUUGUGUUUUAACACGAAUUAAGUGGAGAAUAAACUCCUUGAGUAAAUGUGUUUAACAA